CCGUGGAUAAAGUCGGGGGGACGCGUAAAAAAAAUUGAAAAAUUGAUAUUUUGGUCGGUAUUUUUUGCAUUUUGCAUUAAACAGUGCACAUAAACUGCAACAAAUUGCGUAGGAAACGUUCGCGCGUCACCUCCAAAUACGGGCAGCAGUUGAAAAACUUUUUGUUUACCUUUUUUUCCAUCGUAUCGAGAAAUGUUUUCGUAGCCUGCAACAUAUGUACAUACAUUUGUAUAUGUAAAUAGAGCUCCAUAGAUGUGAGUGUGCGUGUUCGUGUGUCUGUGUGUGUGUACGUGUACGUGUACAUGUUGUGCUAUUUGUGAGUUUGUGCGUUGUUAUUUUGUGCGUUCUCGCGGUCGCUCGAGCUGAAAAUGGCAUUUUACAGAGACCAGUUAAGUUAAUGCGCAACGAUGCAGAUGCAGUCGACUGCAAUUGCAGGCCCCACCAGGUGUUUAUUUUAAGAGAGGCCAAAAAGUUCGAGCGCCCGAGCAGAGCAGGGGGGAGGGGCUGGCAGCAGGGCAGGCACAUGGAAAACGAGCCUAAACAAAUUGCUUUUCCCGCUUCCGUUGCUCCCGUUGCUCGUCGUCGUAGUCGCCGUAGCCGUUGCUGCUGUUGGUGGCGGACAUGAAUCUAAAUCUGAAUCUGAAUCUGCAGCAAACCAACACAAAGAAUGGUUUGAGCCGUUUGAGCCUGAUCAAAUCGCAGAGCAGCGGCAAGCUGAGUCUCAGCAAUGAGGUCGAUGCCACAACAAACAGCAAAACGACGAAAACGACAAGUUUACGCGCUGCCAAACUCAAGAUCGAGGCCAUGCAACAACAUCAUCAGCUCCAACAGCAGCAACAGCAGAAGCAGAGUGCCAGCAACAUUAUAUUGUUGCGUGGCACACGCAAUGAAAAUGGCCAGAUCAUCAUACAGAACAAUCAGGAUAUACUUAGCCUGCUCAGCGAGCAGCAGCAACAGCAACAACAGCAACAGGAUAAGGCUACUGCCAUAACGCUCAAUCAGCUGCCGACAACAACAACUGUGGCACGCAAGACCAUCGUGCAAACGACCAGCAGCAACAGCAUCAACAGUUCGAGCAGCAUUUCCAUAGUCGCCAGCAGUGGCAAGGAGUCCAAUACGAUACUGCUGCAGACGCCCAUCAAUGCCAGCCAGCUGGAGAGUGUGCUCAAGGCGCAGAACACGGCGACAACCAAGCUCAAUGGCAACGUCAGCAACAAGCUGAUUGAGCGUCCCUUUAUGCUGAAGCAUGCCUCGCGUAGUCUCAGCUCGGAGAGCAAUUGCGACAGCAAGUCACCGUUUGUGCUGCAGACGCUUAAGCGUUUGGAGAAAUCGCAAUCCAUUCUGGUCAUACGUAAUUCCACAACCACAAGCUCAAGCACAGCCAUGGCCACAUCGCCACCGCCGCCGCCACCUCCGAACAGCAACAAGAAUCAUAAUGGAACACAGCAGCAACAACAACAACAGCAGCAGCAGCAACAUGUGUUGAAUGUGACACGCAAUGCUAAGGUGUCCAAGGCGGUGGCUGCCACGAUGCACAAGCUGAAGUCGCCAACGGGUGCCACUGCAGCCACAGCUGCCGCAGCGGGCACAACAACCAUUCUGCGGCUGAGUAAGAGCGUCAACAACAGCAACAACAACAAGCAGCUGACAACAACGGCCACAACAACGUCGGUAGCAACAACAGCAACCACAACAACAACGGCAGCAGCAGCAACGGCAACAUCAACGCCAGCAAAUAAAGUUGCCACAACAGCAGCAACAGCAACAACAACGGCAACGGCAAUGGAACAACAGCAGACGCCACAAGCGACAAUGCAACAACAAACGAAUGUGCCACUUGGGAGCGAUGGCGAACCUAUCAAACUGCCCGACAAUUUGGAGAGCCUGCCAAGAGCCGACAGUUUUCCAUCGCAGCGCCAUCGUUGGAAUACAAAUGAGGAAAUCGCAGCGAUUCUUAUCAGCUUUGAUAAGCAUAGCGAAUGGCAAUCAAAAGAAGUCAAAACAAGACCGAAGAGCGGCUCCCUGCUGCUCUACUCGAGAAAGAAGGUGCGCUACAGACGCGAUGGCUACUGCUGGAAGAAGCGCAAGGAUGGCAAGACGACACGCGAGGAUCACAUGAAACUGAAAGUACAAGGCACUGAGUGCAUCUAUGGUUGUUAUGUACACUCGGCCAUAUUGCCCACAUUUCAUCGCAGAUGUUACUGGCUAUUACAGAAUCCGGACAUUGUUUUGGUGCAUUAUCUGAAUGUGCCGUAUCCGGAUGAUAAUAAAAUGGCCGUGAUUGCCCCAAGCAUAACGCUCUGGGGCGACAAAAAGGAGUGGACCAAGGAGGAGCUGGUCAGCCAGCUGAAGCCUAUGUUGUCCACAGUGAAUUCGGAUGAGGACUCUGACUCGGGCAACGAUAUAGAAAUAUCGACGGCUGAGACUGUGGAGUCUAUUGUAUGCCAGUUGAUGGAGAAGCAGCGCCUGUCGCGACAGGCAGCUCUAGUCAAGCAACUGGAUUGCGGUUGUGGCGAUGCAGCCUGUGCCGAUGGCAAGACUUGCACGCAUCCCGUCAUGCGUCGCACGGGCAUCGUCAAGUCGGUGUCCGAGAAGCGACCCAGCGAUGGUUACAGUGCUGCCAAUGGCACGCCUAAUGUGGUUGUGGCCAGCAAGCUUUAUUCGCGCUGGUCUGAGCGGCAUCGGCAGCGAGAAGCUGCCUUGCAUAUGGAGAAUUCACACGCGCAGUUCCACAAUGCCACGCAGCAGUUGCCGCAGGAGUCGGCGAUCAAAUUCCAAAUCAUUCCGCAACAGCAGCAGCAGCAACAACAGGGAGACAGCAGUAACUAUCAGCAGCAAUAUCGUGGUGCUAAUCAGAUGUUGGCCACAAGAAGCAAUCUGAUAAUACAGCAGCAGCAGCAACAACAACAGCAGCAACAUCAGCAAUAUCAACAGCAGCAGCAGCAACAACAACACUUGAACUUACAACGCUUUGUGGCCAGUCAUAAUCAGAGCAAUCAAAGUCAUAAUCAGAAUAGCAAUAGCAACAACAAUAAUUCAGCACAUUUAAAUCAUCGCCUGCAAAUUGCCAAUACAACAAUCACAGCAACAACACGAGAGGCGGUCGCAACAGCAGCAGCAACAAUAACAACAACGACAGCAGCCGCAGCAACCACCUCAAAUGUCAUGGAUACGGAACUAAUUGAAAACCAAAGCCAGCACCUGACCACAAAUGCAAAUAACAAUAAUAAAAUCAGCCUCAACAACAAUAACAAUUGCAACAGCAGCAGCAGUAAGCAAUUAACAGCAGCAGCAACAACAACAAAUACAAUACCAGCAGCAGCGGCAUCUCAAACAAACAACGAUUUAAAUGUCGUAAAUAAUAAUGGACACAACAACAACAGCAGCAAUAACUUUAUAUACAAUCAGCAGCAGCAGCAUGCGAGUGCUACCAGCAAUAGCAGUAGCACCAGCAACAAUAACAACAACCAGCAUUAUUAUAAAUUGCAACAGACAACAACAACAACUACAGCAGCAGCAGCAGCAGCAGCAGCCACCCUCAGCAACAACAAUCAACCCCCAGUUGAGGCAAUGUGCAUGUCACCAGAGCAUCACAGCAGCAGCGUGGGUAGCAGCAGCAGCAGUAUCAGCAAUAACAAUAACAACAACAGCAGCAAUAGCAAUAGCAACAGCAAUCUGUUGAGAGAAACAACGUCUUCCGCUGGCAACACCCCUUCCACGUCGGCAACAACAUCCACCUCGAGUUCCUUACAGUCGAUUAUCGAUGGCAAUCAGCAGCAACAAAUUGCAACGACAACAGCAGCAACAACAACAUCAACAACAACAGGAGCAGGAGCAGCAGCAGCAACAGCAGCAAAUUGUGAUAAUUUAAUGAGCGCCAAUGCCUUGGCAGAGCUGGAGUUGGGUGAGCAAGCGGCAAGGAGCUACAACAACAGCAACGACAACAGCGUCAACAAUCAGGCCACAACGGCCCCCAUCCAUAAUGGUUGUGCAAACUACAGUGCUUCCAGUGAUAAUAGUAGCCAAAUUAGUGCCAGCGAUGACAGCAGCUAUGGCGCCAACAGCAACAGCAACACCAACAACAACAACAAUCAGAAUAAUCAGAGCAAUAACAACGAGGAGGAAGUACACACGGAAACGAUGAGCUUCUUCAAUGAAACGCUGGAUCUUUCGCAUGAGGACAUACAGCGCACUCUCAUUGCCAACAUGCGAUACAGCAAUGCCACAGCAACAACAGCUACAGCAACUGCAACAUCGACAACAACAGCAGCAGCAGUAGCAACAACAUCAGCAGCUAGCAAUGAACUCAACGGCGAAAUAAUUGAUGCAGCUAAGCAACAGCAGACAAUCAGCGUGGAGUCGCCACAGGGCGAGGAUGAAGACACCGCCGAUGUCUUUGCCAACUUGGAUGCCUUCGACAUGCUGGUGGAGUUCCCAGAACUCGAUCUGGAUGACAAGCAGGCGCUGAAUAACACGGCACUCGAACAGGAGCACAGUCAUGGUCACAACUUGCAUGCCACGACAUCACACUAUCUCGACUCAACGCAUUCGCAAGCACAACGAAAGCUGCUCAACAUUUGUGACUUUAGUCCCGAGUGGUCGUACACUGAGGGCGGCGUCAAGGUGCUAGUUGCAGGUCCCUGGACCAGCGAUGGUGGCUGCUACACGGUGCUCUUUGAUGCUCAGCCAGUGCCAACGGUGCUGGUGCAAGAAGGAGUGCUGCGCUGCUAUUGUCCUGCCCAUGAGGCAGGUCUAGUCACUCUUCAAGUGGCCUGCGGCGGUUUUCUAGUCUCCAAUUCGGCAAUGUUUGAGUACAAGCUUUCGCUGCUGGCCGAUGCACCGUUUGAUGCCAGCAGCUCCAACGAUUGUCUGUACAAGUUUACGUUGCUCAAUCGCCUCUCGACCAUCGACGAGAAGUUGCAACUGAAAGUGGAGAACGAGCUGGCCACUGAUCAGACAGCACUUUAUCUGGAGCCCAACUUUGAGGAGAAGCUGGUGGCUUAUUGCCAUCGUCUGAUGAAGCACGCCUGGAACACGCCGAGCACCGUGGCCAGCUGGAGCGUCGGCCUGCGUGGCAUGACGUUGCUGCAUCUGGCUGCCGCUCUGGGCUAUGCCAAGCUGGUGGCUGCUAUGCUCAAUUGGCGUGCCGAGAAUCCACAUAUCAUACUCGAAACCGAGUUGGAUGCACUCAGUCAGGAUGUGCAUGGUUUUACACCGCUCGCUUGGGCGUGUGUGCGUGGCCAUUUGGAGUGCACGCUUCUGCUUUACAAAUGGAAUCACAAUGCGCUGAAGAUCAAGACGCAGGCACAGCAAACACCACUGGAUCUGGCCAACCUCAAGGGACACAAGCAGCUGUUGUCGCAGCUGUGUCGCCUGGAGAAGGAGCGUUGUCGAAAGCCACAUCCACGUGGUGGUCUGGCCAAUCUGUCCAUGAACUUGCCAAUUGAGUCACCUAGCGAGGAAUCAGGCUACAGUGCUUACGAGCUGGAGCUGCAGCGUCGCCACGAUGGCGUCUUCCUGAGGCCCAUUGCCAUGCACAGCAAUCAAAGUCCGCCGAACAACAGCAGUCGCUAUGCAAAGCGAUCCUCCAUUGACAGCGGCAUUAACAUGGAUAUGCGCAGCAAGUCUGGCAAACCUCUGCCUAGACUGCAUGGUAACUUUGAUUGCCACGAUAACUACGCUUUGGGAGUGGACUCUCCGCUGGAAUCGCUGUCAACGGGCACCAAUUGCUCUGGACUUUUGUCGCCGCUGCGCAAAAUGGAUUUUGCCUUAUGCGAGGUAUCCACGGGCGAGUCGAGUCCCAUACACGACAAAGACAUCAUCGAUUGCGAUGACAAUUCGACGAGCGUCACCGAUGUUACCAUUAACAAUGAGCUCAACGAUGUAGGGGAUUCGGAUUCGGCCAAAGUCUUGACGCUGGCGGAGCACAUCAUUGCCGCUAUGCCAGAGCGCAUUAAGAACGAGGCGGAUGAGAUGAUGGUCUUGGGCAGUCCUAUGACUGAGCCUCUUACCUCGGAAUCAUCAGCAUUGACUGAUAGCUUCAUGGAUCCGCUGCUCGAUUCACUGCCGAAUACGCAUUUCGACAGUGAUUUCAGCUUUGAUUUUCAUGAUCACAGCUAUCGCUAUCACGACGUUAGCACACCCUGCUCCAGCCUUAGUCCAGCGAGCUCGGGACCAUUGCAAUCGCCGGCCAGUUACUCGAUACUGGGCACAGAUCCGUCUGUCAGCUCACCAAGUCCGCCACCAUCGACCAAGCAGCUAACCGAGUUUCUGCAUGCCUCGAGUAUUUCGCAGUAUCCAUUCGAAGCAGACUUCUCCAAGCUAACGCUCACCGAUACCGAGCAACGAGAACUCUACGAGGCGGCCAAGUGCAUACAGAAAGCAUAUCGUUCGUACAAGGGCCGGCAGAAUAAGGAGCGCACAGCUGCCAUUGUUAUACAGAACUAUUAUCGUCGAUACAAGCAGUAUGCCUACUACCGACAGAUGACGAAUGCUGCUCUGGUUAUCCAGCAUGGCUAUCGCUCGUAUCGUCGCAACAAGCGCUUCAAGAAAUCCCAGCAUACGCCCAGUGGCUUGGGUACUACCAGCGAUCUUGGCAGCGUUAGCAGCAACUCGCAGUGUUUGUCCAGCUUCUACGAUCACUACAAGCAGGAUCAACAGAGCUCACAGCCCAGCACGCCCAAGGAGACGAGUCCGUCUGGUCCCUUGAAGCGCACCUAUUCGCAGUCUACGCAAAAUCAGGCUGCACGUAAAAUACAACAGUUCAUGAGACAAUCACGUAUCAACAUUUGGGAUAGCAACUUGACGAGCUUGACUACAGAGAGAGCGAGCCGAAAAAGAGAAGCUGGUGCACCAACGCAGGGCGGAAUACCUUCAAAACUUGCAGUAUCAAGGGCAGCAGGAAAUGUCAGUUUGUCAUAGUGAAAUUGGCAGCAACAACAGUCUGCUGGAUCAGAUGCAACCCAAUCAAUGAGCGCAAUUUGCAACUGAGUGAACUUUAACUUUAACCAUAAGAACGAGAUAAAACUAUGUUCAAUAAGAAUUUAUUAAUAGCUUUAACAACUGAGUGAAACUUUCUACUUUCAUAACAAUUGUUUAUUAAGACACACACCAGCACCUCUUGUAGUGGAACUUUGUUUCUUACUCCGUAAUGUAUACAUACAUACAAUAUAGUACAGUAUAUACUUACUUCGAUAUAUACAAUAACAACAUAUAUAUUAUUAUUAUUAUUAUAUUAUACAGAUAUAGUAGCAAGAUCGCACUUUUAUUCAUUUGCAUAACGAAUUUUAACAUAUAUAUUAUAUAUAUGCAUCUACUACUACUAUACAUACAUAAUACUUACGAAACUGAUUCGAUUCUUUUGAAAACGAAAACCAAAACCAAAAAAAAAACAAAAACAAAAAAACUGAAACUUAAAAUUAAUUGAAUUAUAAUUGCAAUUGCGGCAAAACACUUUGUAAUCAUAGCAUAUGAUUAGGUUAUAGAUUUUAUAUACUAUAUCUUCGCGAUGAAGAAAGCGCUCCAAGCAGUUUAUGAACUAGCAACUACUUUUCCAUUUGUCAACUCAAAAGAACUUAUUAACGAAGCCUUCGAAAACAAAAACACAACUUUUUAACUCCAAGUGUAGUGAAAUAUACGAUAAAUACUAUUGUGAAACUCUAUAUACAUACAUAUUAUACCAAUAUAUUAUAGCCUCCCUACCACAUACUUAUAAUAUAUAGUUACAUUUGUAUAUAAUUAGCUAUAAUUGAAACUUCUAUCUAAAUACUAUAAUUCUAUGCUAGUCUAUUUAAUGGUAUUAUCAACUCAGCUCUGCGAACUAAGCUUGUUUCUAAAACAGCCCGUCAGCCUGUAUCUAUAAUGGUAUCUAAAGCAUUAAUUUUUUCGAUUUCGAUUUUAUAUAAUACACCAUAUAUAUAGAUAGUAUAGUUGUAUGGUAGUACGAUUAACUAUUGACUAUUUAACUGCGCGGAAAAAACCUAAAGCUCAGCUCUAUUGUCCAAAUGUUGUUGUUGAUUUCUAAAAUCUGAGCCAGCGAAACAAAAACAUAUGUAUAUCAUGUUAAAAACAAUCCUAGUUAACUUUCUUUUUUAUAUAUAAUAUAUACAAUAUGAAAACCAUCUAAGUACUAAACAAAAAUUCUACGCUAAUUCGUUUAACACAAGUACUUAAAUCCAAGUCUUGAACUUAAUGUGACUUUGUAGUCUAGCAAAUAAAUAUAGAUAAAUGAAUGGAAAUGAAAUGAAAUGAAAAUGAUACGAAAGAAAUCCCAAAAUGCUUGCAGCAGAAAGCGUAAUAUAGCGAUAUAUCGAACUAAAUGUAUUUAACAAUUGUUCAAACUUUUAACUGGCCCGCUAAAUGUAAUAAUAAUAAUACUAGUUAAUAUGCAGCGCCAGUCGGAACACGGAACAUUUUUCAACUAAAUGUAACAAUACAAGAAUUUUUGUAAAUUAUUUUUGUCCGUCCACAUUGUUAGCUUUCAUAACAUAACAACGUAACAACUAAAAAGUAAAAUGUAAACAAAACAAAGAAAAACAGAAAUAUAUACAUAAUUAUAUACAAAAAUAGUGAGAGCCACAUUUUAAGUAGUCAUAAAAAACAAUUACUGGCAAAUAUUCUAACUGGUUCUGGACUUUGCAAACUCGGAACCUCGGACAUUAAAGUACAUACAAUUUAUAUAGACAUACCUCCACGCACGCCUCAAACAUCAGACAAAACGAAUAGUUCUCGAUGAUAAGCAACAAUUACAAACAGAAAAACGAAAAAUAUAUACAUAUAUGAAUAAAAUGAAAACAAUUUCACUCUUCUAUGUAAAAGGUAUUUCGAUUUCGGGAAAGUUGGAAUCAGUCGCAUUCAUUUUCAACUACUUAUUACGCUUGUGCAAAACUGUGGCACAUUUGUUGAUGGCUGGAAUGUAAGCCAAAAUUUUAGAUCUAUUCGAUUGUUAACUAUUUAACUACUAUUAACUAUGUCUAAAUUCAUUUAAACUACUCUCUCACUCUCUCUCUCUUGACUUUAAUUGCAUUUUUACUUUCCCCUCUUCUUCUUUUUUCUGUAUAUUGUAAUCGACAAAAAUAUUAUGUACUUAUUGUAUAAAACGAAACUAAUCUGAAAUGAAGACUAAAACGAUUUCUCUACUUAAUGACUUAUAAGAAUUGCAAUCAAUUUUAGGGCAAUGAAAAGUGACGCUCUUUUGUUACUCGUUAGUCAAGAGUGUACAAAAAAAUCAGAAACGAUUUGCAAUAUUUGCACACACACACACAUAAAUCUAUAUAUAUUUAAUAUUACACACACACUCUUACACUGACACACAGUCUUUGGCAGGCAGGCAGUCACCAUACCUGAGUGUGCUUAAACUCUAUAUAGUCUAAACAUAGAAGAUGAAAAAUGGCCAAAAGGCAAAGAAAAACUUAAAGUACCUUAAGCCAAUUGGCACUAAAACUAAAAACUAAAAUCUAAUAAACAAUUAAAAUAAAAAAUGCAAAAAAAAAAAAACAACUAUAUACUAUUAUGAAAUUAUAACUAU